CCUUCUCUCCGUCGACCAUGUUAGGCCGCGACGAGGCCCAGAGGCUCCCCAUUGUAAUACCUCAAGAUGCUAUCGAGGAGGCUCCCGACGAUUUCGUAUGGUAUGAAGGACCUCAAGGCGGUGGAUUCAUCGUCCCGCAACAGUUUAGAAAGUAUUCAAAUCGACCCGUGAAUGAAACACCCAUGGGGUAUCUGUAUUACAUUGUCGACAAAUGCAGCGCGUAUACCAAGAAUAUUUACAACGCCUUUUUUGCCGCCAUCGACGUUUAUUUUGAGGGUCUAAUGGAGUAUGCGAGAAACCACUAUGCGGAGUUCAUAGUACCUUUUGGAAAAAAGCAUCGGGGAAAGCGACUCCAGCAGUGCCGCGAUAAUUGAUGCAAUGGACGACAACAGACCCGUCCUUGACCCAGAAGUAUUCCGUCUACUUUACAGCCGUUCAGUACUUCCUUGCCGAUAUACGGCAUUACAACGUGAUUAGAGAUGUUGGCGAAUUGCUCAGCGCGUCUGAAUAUGAAGAUGACCUGGAUCUUGGAGACGAGGAGGAUGACUAUGAUCUGAGCGACUCCUUUAUAAACGACUCCAGCGAUAUCAAGGAGGAGCAUGAAGAAGGAGAAAGCAGCGACACUGCUGAUGAAUCUGAAGCGAGCAGCAGUACAGAGGAAAGUGCCCAUACAAGCGACACAGACGGCUCGCAAUCUUAUGUCAGUGACGACGUCGAUCCAGAGUCCAAUGUACAGACUCCACUCCGCAACAUACGUUCAAAUGAUACUGCGAGCUUGGGCUCUACCUACAGACUCGGAAAACGCUACGACGGUCGCAGUCCAAGUCCAACGCCGCCGUCACCUACGCUUCGCAAGCGCCGACAAGCGUCUCCAGACCCCGAGGCCUCCGACCUGGACCCUCCAUUGGUACCCGGAACCUCAAAGGCGAACUCUAUCAGUAAGGCGUCACCACGUAGGCACAGGUUUUCAAGUGCCGACUCCUCAGAGCACACGGAAGGUUCAGACGAUGCAGAAGAGAACGAACCUAAAGCUAAGCAACGGAAUGAAAGUCACAAGGGUUCUGAAACCAGGCGACGUCGGACCCAAAAUGGUGGUAAACUUAUGAAUAUAUCGUGAGCUUGCUCCCAUAUAUGGAAGACGACCGGUUACGGGUCUACACAGCUGCAAGCGAAAGCGAAAGCGGGUACGGCCUGCGUCAGAUGUCAAGGACUUCAUAUCGUCCGGAGAAGAAGAGGAAGAUGGGAGCGACUCGUAUAUUGAAAGCGCUACAGAGACUGACACGUUAACUGAC